AUGUCUCUUGGGAAUAGGGUAUACAAUACAAACAAACAAAAUAUGAAAUUAUACACAAGAAGUUCGGAAGAAAAAGGUACAAGUUUUUCAAAUGCGAAGUAUAAAGUUUUACGAAACUAUCAAGCAGAACAACAAGCGAUUUUACUUGGUCUUUUAAACCAAAGUAGUGAAAUUGUAAUUUCAAAACCACCAAAAAAGACAUCUUCAACUCUUCAAUUUUUAAACAUCAAAAGCAUCACUUUCAACAACCAACAAACAAUAAAUUUCGAUGAAUUAAUUAUGCGAAGGAGAGAGGAGAAAAUUUUAGCAGAAAUGAAUAAUGGCAUCCCCGAAAAGACUGCAGUAAGGAGAAUGGACAAUUUCAAAUUUACCGAAUGUCUGCAUGCUUUAACAGACCUUCUGUUCUUAAGCGGAUACCUUUUUAAUGUGAAACAGUCGACUGGCAAAAACAAUGACAAAUACGAUACUCUUCUCUCCAUAUAUUUCAAAAAUACGUUGCUUUAUAAUACUGUUGAUAUAGAAAACUUUGGUUCUGCUAUUAAUACUAAGAUAGUUUCCGUAAUGGAUAAGAGCAAUAACUUCACGUUACACCAAGGAGAUUUGAGGCUCUUUUUAAAGAACUUUAAGUGA